GCCGCCCGCCCGCAGUAUUAAGAGCGCGCGCGUCCCAACCCAACGUCCCACGGCUGGGCAGUGAGUGACCAAGUGUAGUGUUGUGAGUGACUAACGGAUGACAAUACUUUUUGUGAAGUGCGAGAAGCAUUAGCGGAUCCCGAGUGUUCGCUUUUAAGUUAAGCCGCAGUUCUCAGGCGGCAGCGCCUGAAGUAAAGGCUAAAGAUUGAGCAAGAUGGUGAAAUAAUUAUGGAGAUGGACGAUAAGGUGUCGGGGCCGGGGGGAGUGGCGCAGAAGAACUGGACGCAUACGAACGCCAGCUCCCCGCUCCCCCUGGACAUGACCUUCAACCACGGGCACGUGGUGCAGAUCUGCGUGUACAGCGUGCUGAUGGUGGUGUCAGCCACGGGGAACCUCACCGUGCUGACGCAGCUGGUGAAGCGGAGGCGAGCGGGCCGCGCCAGCAGGCUCGAUCUGCUGCUGAUGCAUUUGGCUAUCGCUGAUCUUAUGGUGACGUUCCUAAUGAUGCCGCUGGAGAUCGCGUGGGCGGGCACCGUGCAGUGGCUGGCCGGCGACCUCAUGUGCCGCCUCAUGAUGUUCACGCGCACCUUCGGCCUCUAUCUGUCCAGCUUCGUGCUCAUCUGCAUCGCUGUUGAUAGAUACUACGCCAUCUUGAAGCCCCUAAACGUGACUUGGGAGGCGAACGCGCGGCGCGCGCUGCACACGGCCUGGGUGUGCGCCGCGCUCGCCAGCCUGCCGCAGAGCUUCAUAUUCCACGUAGAGGAACAUCCUGACGUCGCAGGAUAUUUCCAGUGCGUAUCGUACGGCUCGCUGCCGACGGAGUCGCACGUGUUCGGCUACUUCCUGCUGAACAUGUUGCUGAUGUACCUCCUGCCGCUCGUGUCCACGCUCUACUGCUCGCUGGCCGCGCUGCUCGAGAUCAUACGCCGAGCCAACACCAGCAAUGAUAACAUGCGUCGGAGCGGCGUGGGUAUACUCGGGCGAGCGCGGGCGCGGACGCUCAAGAUGACGGUCACUAUCGUCAUAGUGUUCUUCACCUGCUGGUCACCGUAUUACUGCUACUGUCUGUGGUAUUGGGUGGACAAGGAAUUCGUGAAAGGUUUGGACCCGGCGUUCCAGAAGGCCAUGUGGCUGUUCUCCUGUACCAACUCGUGCGCGAACCCCAUCGUGUACGGCAUCUUCAACCGCAACCGGUGGUCGUGGCGGACUGGGCCGCACACGCGGUGUCGCGGCAGCAGCGCGCGGCGCGGCUCGCGGCUUCCCUUCGGAGACUCCAUGGAGAUAUCCGCGUCGGCGCUCGCGCGCGCGCGGCACUCCCUGCACGGCCGCCGGGACUCCUACGUGACGCACAAUGGACACAAACACCACAACAACAAUAACAAAUACGUUGACAAUGGGAUCGUUUAGAUCAUUCAUGUUCUAUCUGUGUGUGCUUAAGCCGGAAAGCUCACAGGAAAGCUUAAAGCUACGCUUGUGAGAUGUUUCGACUUGUAUCUAGAAUACCUCAGGAAGGAAAUCGAUUUAUGUUGAUUAUUUUCAUGGCGUGCGUCUCGGUAGGCUUCGGCCUUUUAUAGCGUUCGCUAGCUGGUGCGUAUGCACGGAGCGAUUGAGCGGGUAAACGAAACAUGGUAUGAGCGACGCGACGCCAACUGACGCGGCGGAUUUUACCUACAAUUGCACCCGCGCGCGUGAUGGCUCCGCUUCGUGCACACGCGCCAGAAGUUUAACAGCGGACAUGAGCAUUGGACAAUUGGACAUUAAUGCCACUCUGUUGGACAGUGGCGGAUUUGCUCUAAGGCCCAGUAGGCCCGGGCCUACGGCGGCAAGACAUAAGGGGGCGGCAGCAAGGCGGCAGUCUACAUGAUGGCUGCUGAGAAACGGGCAGUUAGUAGUUACUAAAAGGCCUGGGGCCUAGAGCGGCCAAUACUUCAAAUCCGCUACUGUCUUUGGAUUUGGGUUGUGAUGAUACUGGAGAAUUGGAUAAACCUUCGGAGGUUGUAUCGUCAUGUAUGUAUUUGGCCCUAUAGCACUUUAAGUUAGAACAUUGGUAUGAAAAAUAAUCUGCUGAAUACUGUCGUUAGUCCUGGUUUUUACACGUUAAAUUGGAACAUUCCAGAUUAUAUGUGGUCAUAUUUCAGAGGUUCGGUACACAUACACAAAAUGAGGAAAACUGUCCUUUAAGGUACCACGUUGGUCGUCGGACCAUUACUCAGCUUUUGCCUUUUAGUCCAAUAAGUAAUGCAUUCCAGUAUAAGUACAUAUACAGUCCCUACGAUACUCUCUUCUGAAGUAAUUUCUUUAAACUUAUUGCUUAGGUAUUCUAUAUUAUGUUCAAAGGUUCAUCCACUCAAAGAAUACAAUGUGAAUUAUACUGAAGGUUUAAGCGAUUGUCGAGCAUUCUCCCUUGAACCUAUUUAAUAUACAUAUAUGGUGCUGAUAGCUUGCUUAUCUGUCCCUGAGGAAAAAUUAAUGCGAGAAUAUCUAGUGAAUCUCUAAAUCAUCUCCCGAAUCGCGCCGAAAGAAUGAUGAAUUUACUAGUGACUUUUGUUUACAUUUAGUUAGCAAGUUCCAUAGAAUGACACUUUAGAACCUUACUAGGAAUGAACUAAGAGAGAAGAGUUUUACGUGACCUGUAGAUAAUAAAUAAUAAGUUAAAAACAAGUUAUACUAAUUUCAUAAAAUCAUAACUUUCAGUUGGUUGAUUCAGCAAGUGAGUGGUUGUUUGUUAACCCUUUACCUGGCUAAGGGAUAUAUAUUUCCCACAUACGGCACUUCAAACAUGUGUUCUAUUUCGAUCAGUAAGAGUAACAUUCGAUUGUCAUUUUUGAACUGUCAGUGGUAAAGGGUUUAUGGACUUAUCAACAUUGUUUUUAAACAUAGCAGUUUGAGGAUUCCAUUGAAUGAUUGAUGAAACGUGUGAAGUUUGGGUACAUUCCUUGUUGAAGCGUAUGUAAUGUUUGUACAAUAUAGAAAUACCUAUUUUGUAAUUUAUAAAACUUUUUGAAUAAGAGUGUAAAUAACGUACGUUUAUGAAUUUUGUUAUUAUCCACUAUCUGGUGGUUGAUAUUAAUAAAAAAUCACGAAAAAACUGAAUAGUUAUCUUAUGUACGCAUAAUGGCAUUAUCCAUAUUUAAGUAGCCGAGCUACCGUUUGUAAUUAAACUUCUAAUUACUUCCAAACCUUCACUAUACAAGGUGUGACCUCAUUCCAAUAAAAUAUCUAACCUAAAUCACAAAAGCCUAACAAAAGCAGUGAUGAUUUUGGAGUGAGAAAUAAACUGUUUUAAACCUAUUUUAUGUAAAUAGCCAAUAAAGUUACUGACAGACUUUCGAAUAAACUUGCGAAUCUCAUUUUUAAAUAGUUCUUCGUAUCUGAAAAUGUAAGUAUGUAGAUGUAAAUCAAAUUGAAAUACGAGUAUGCACAGUCACCACACGGGAUUGUUAAUGGAAUGGAAUGGUGGGUAGUGGCGUUUGCUUUGACAAGCAAAUAUUAAUAUUUUUCGUUUUUGAUCGCAUAAAGGCUGACGUACUCGUAUUUAUCACAUGUGUUCGCGAAUUUGCGACUUUCCCCAAUAUGAAAAAAUAAUUGCUAGAACUUUAAAAAAAAAUUAUAACCGUUCACGCUAUUUUCUUGUAGGUUGCAAAUGAACUCAAAAUUGGAAUGCA